UCUUUUAGCCAGUUGCUUGGGUUCAUGGCCUCAGAUGCCGGCCAAGCACAACAUGGCCAUCAGGCCGACUUUAUGGUGGGUAGGCAUUCGUUUGACGCGAGGUAUCCAUUUCUCACCUACUCGGGUGCUUCUGGAGGGUUUGUAUUUGGUGAUUCUAGUAGGAGUGACGGUGGUCGAGGAGUUCUGAAUAGUCAAAACUCAAACCGUGUUUCGAUGACUUUGAUUGAAGAAAAUGCUAAGACAUUUGAGCAUGAGACUGAUGAGUACUUAGUGGAUGAGCUAAAUGACGAGGAAGACGAGGGAGAUGAGGACGAGGACACGGAGGAGGAAGAAGAUGAGGACAUGGACCAGGAUGAAGAAUCCUAUAAUGACGCAGGUGACAAAAGUACUCCAGUUGAGACAGGCAAAGGCUACAAUCUCAGGAUUGAUCCACCGCGUCGUAGCGUGAGUCGAUACAUGCUGUCUGUGUUCAAAAAGGCCGCGAAGAAAUGCAAGAACCUUGUGAACUUUGGAAAGUGGAUAGCGAGGAAGUAGUUGUGGUGUAGUUAGUUUUCUCUAUGUAUCAGUUAUCUUUCGUCAAGUAUACUUUAACUACUUAUGUAUGACUAAACUUUCCUAAGUACCAACUAAGUAUUGUAUGUUUCAGUUGA